AUAAUAAUUACACUGAUAAGUAAAUACAGACUUUUAACAAUUUCAAUAAGGAAUAAAGUGAAUAGUUUUAUUAAGAAAUAACUGUAAUUGAAAUACUUAAGUGCAAUAAACAAUCAUUGAAUAGUUUUCUUUUAUAAAAUUUUAAAAAAAUAUAUUGUGCAAUCAGAAUUAGCAUAUCGUUUUAAGUUACGUCAUUUUCAUUUGGUGCUAAUUCAUAUGUGACUAUGAGCAACAAUAAAGGACCAGGAGCACCAGGGCCAUAUUAUGCGGCAGGCUUUUAUGGGCCACCACCAACCGCAGCUCCACCGAGCUAUGCUCAAGCUGUCGGUGGUGUACCCCCAUCCAGUCCAUUUCAACCACAUCAUACAGUUGCAGGUCCACAAAUCUUAACAACUGUAGUUCCAGUUGGUCCUCAACCAACUCAUAUGAUAUGCCCCCAUUGCCAUGCAGAAGUUGAUACAACAACCAGGACCGAACCGGGAGUAAUUGCUUAUAUUUCCAGUGUCGUAAUUGCAUUAUUAGGGUGCUGGUUAGGUUGCUGUUUGAUUCCGUGCUGUAUAGAUGAAUGUAUGGACGUGCAUCACACAUGUCCUAAUUGUAAAGCAUAUUUAGGACGUUUUCGAAGAUAAUUUAAAAAUGUUUUUAAUCUAUUUAAUUCAUGGUGCCUACAUGUUUUGAUUUAAUCUUGUAUGUUUGUUAUUGUUGUGUCAUUUUUUUAACAUUCCUAUUUUCAGCUUUUAAAUUAUCGUCGGUUGGCGUUUCUCAUACAUAAUAAUAAGACAUUCAGUCUUUAAAUUUUAUUUUCUCUGCCAACUCCGUAU